GGAGGCAGCUCGGAAUUACCAGGCAUUCCUGAGGACCAAACGUGAUGAACCACUCCUAAAGUGCCUAGGGAAUACUCAUAUAGACGCUUAGACAGAGCAUCAAAAGUGAUGAUGACAUCUGUCCGAUAGAGGCCAAGAGGCGGAGUGAAUCGCCUGUUCUGGCUUCGAUUCAAGGCUCGUACCUGAUAUCGGGCCCUUAGUUGUCAACUGGAACUGCACGAGGUGGUCCUUCGAACCCAUAGUCAGAGAGGAGAUAAACCAGCAGUUUCGAUUUUUGAAUUGAGCCUCCCACUCUAGACGAUUGGGACGCGUUUGAGUGGUAAAUUCCGACAUGCUCUCGUUCUUGAAAGCUCCGCCGGCGUCUCAAAAUGACGGGGACUCGUUAUCCGACCUCCUUCCCUCCCCGAGCUUGAAAGUCGAGUUUGCUCUUCUGCUGCUCCUCUCCACCGAUGCGAUGCGGAAGGCUCAUUGCGCGGUCUUCGAACCGCCCGAGAGACAGGAGAAACAGGAGAGUCACUCUUUGAUCGAUCUAGACGAUGGAGUUCCGUCACGAGCCAAGGAUGGAGAAGCCGCAGUUCUAGCUGAGAGAUCACGGGAAUUGUCAUCUUCGGCCAUCCAAGGUAUAAAGCGGGAGAGCCUAACAUACUUCGACUCCUGGCGGUCAAGAGUUCUCAAACGAUCAUGCGAGGUCCUCAACGUUAGACCAGAGACGGUUCGACAGGCUCGAAAGUCUUAUGCGGACCGACAAGCUAAGGUUUCCAAAGCCAAGGAAGAGGAAGAUUUCAUGUCUUGGGCGAAUGGAGAAGAACGCGAAGUGAAACAGAAUCUGCGUCUACUUCCAUUUGAUCCAAUCCCCACAAAAUUGUCUACGAUGUCUGCAGAGCAGAAGUCGAAGUUGGUUCAGAGCGCUCUGCUACUGCUUUUGAGCCUGGAGUCUUACACUGGGCAUUCUCGAAUCCUGUUGCUGCAGCUGGCCGCAAGUCUUCAGGUCACAUACCAAGAUCUGGUGAAGUACGAAAGCGAUGUGGCCCAUCUACUUCUCCAGGCGGCUCUGGCUGCACACACAAACAGCAACGAUGCAGGUGAGGCAACCGCACGGAAAUGGAAAGUCGGUCUUGCCGCCGUUGCUGGUGCCGCGGUGAUUGGGGUGACUGGAGGCCUAGCAGCGCCCCUCCUCGCCGCGGGGAUCUCGACCGUGUUCGGUGGACUAGGUUUAGGAGCCGUGUCCGGUCUCCUUGGAGCACUGGCAGGCAACGGUGUCAUUAUCGGCGCGUUGUUCGGCGCCUACGGUGCCAAAAUGACCGGGAAAAUGAUGGACAGCUACGCGAAGGAAGUCCAAGACUUCAAGUUUGUUCCGCUCAAGCCGGAUACUGUGAACGACGCUGCUCCAGAUGCCGGUGAGGCUGAACAUCAUCUGCGAGUGAGCAUCGGAAUUUCAGGAUGGAUUAAUGAGGAAUCCGACAUCACUCGUCCAUGGCUAGCUUGCGAUUCCGGUUCGUCCGAAGCCUUUGCCCUCCAAUGGGAGGUUGAAACACUUCUUCGCCUGGGUGUCUCCUUAAACACGGUCCUGAAAACAUACGUUUGGGAUUCUGCAAAAUAUGAGAUCCUCCGGCGGACGUUACUCGGCAGUUUGGCCGCUGGACUAUGGCCGUUAGGGCUGUUGAAAGUUGCAAGCAUCGUCGAUAAUCCGUUCUCUGUCGGCAAGGCUCGAGCGGAUAAAGCGGGCAAAGUCCUGGCAAAAGCCCUCCUGGCGAAAGUCCAAGGAGAACGUCCCGUCACACUCAUCGGAUACAGUCUUGGGGCUCGACUGAUAUACGCCUGUCUUCUGGAACUCGCGACCCAGAAUGCUUUCGGGAUUAUCGAAAACGUCGUCCUCAUCGGAAGUCCAGUACCGGGCUCAUCCGGGCCCUGGACCAACAUUCGAGCAAUCGUGACUGGUCGCGUUGUGAAUGUCUACAACGGCGAUGACCUCAUUCUAGGCUUCCUAUACCGCGCGAGCAGCAUCCAGUUCGGUGUCGCUGGCCUCCAACCCGUCAAAUACGUUCACGGAGUCGAGAAUUUCGACGUUUGCGAUAUCGUCGACGGGCAUGCCAGUUACCAGAGCAAGAUCGGCAAAAUCUUGGAAAAGAUCGGAUGGGCGGAUUUGGGAGCGGACGCUUCGGAAGAAAAACCUCCGCUACCGCCAAGACCUCGUCAGCAUAUUGUAGACGAUGCGCAGAUUCGAGGCGAGAUCGAGAGUCACCUUGCAGUACUUGAGAACCUGCAUAUCGACGAUGCUAAGAAGGGUGUUGUCGAACAAGCGACUGUCCAACCGGGUUUGUCUAAGAUGAACGCACAGCUUUCAGUACAGAGAGAGGCACCGCUUGAGUGGAAGCCGCAUCAAGGGGCGCCACAUAAUAAAGUCGUAUCGAAUGAAGAGGUAUCGCAGGAAGGAGCAUUGCAGAAAGGACCCUCGCAAAAAGAGGAAUCGCUGAAAGAAGCUUCGCAAAAAGGGCCAUCACAAAAAGGGGAAUUGCUGAAAGGAACAUCACAGAAAGGGGAAUCCCAUGAAAAGGUAUCGCAUGAAAAAGCAUUGCCGACACCAGACGCUCGAACGAGUAGUCCCAAGCCGAAAGAUCAGGAUCCCACGGAGACAACACAAUCCAACCAACCAAGCAGAACCCUCGACCCCGGAACUUUUACGGCGAGUGAAGAUAGUGAUUACGAUGACGAAUCAGCGGGUUCCGACUAUGAUGGUGAAAUGGCCAUGCUUGAUCCAACGCCAUUCGAGGACGAUGAGGAGACGAUACAAUUCGGGACAGGGUCGCGGGGGUUUCAACUUCACUGGGAAAAUAAUUAGCGCUUUGUCUUCGUAGCGUUACAAAUUCUAUGCUGACCGGCGUUUCCCAGUACUCAUGUGCCACUCUAUCAGGAUUUCGCACG